AUGGCCGAGACGAGGAACAGCCGCGCGAGCGAUGUGCAUAACGUUUAUAAGAGGGUGGUGAACGACUCGAUUGGUGUAGAUCAAGGAAUGCAAGAACUUCGUACGAUUACUUGGCGCAAGCCCCAAUUCAGUAACUGGUCUCCCAUUCCAAUGGGCGGCAUCGUGAGCGCUAUUAUUGCGGCCCUAUCGUUCCAGGGUCGUUGGAUCGAUAUGCCCAUUGCGUUUCUCCUGGGUUCUAUUCUGACAACAAUGCGACUGCGUAUCGCACGACGCAACGAGCUCUACCGCCAUCUAUUGAAGCUCUGGCAGCAAUUGGGCGGCGACCUCUCCUGCUUCGCGGCAGUAGCUCAAAGCUCAAUGAUACAGAUUCUGCCAGGGCUCAUGGUACUCACCGCCAUGAUGGAACUACAGACACGUAAAAUUAUCACCGGAUCGACGCGUUUGAUAUUUGCCUUUAUAUACACCCAAGUCCUUGGGUAUAGCAUUGGUAUCGGGACGUCAUUAUACGCGCUUAUUGAUCCGACCGCCUCUGUCGAGAUCGAGUGUCUCGAAUUUGAUUGGUGCCCUAACCGUUGGCAUUCUUGCAAACCUAUAUGCCCGCAAUGCGAUACUCCUGGAAAAAAGCUGGUUCAGGAUGGCAGAUUUGCUCGCUGCACGCUUCCCAUCAUUUUCCAGGAGGAAGAGAAUGCCCUCAAGGGCUCCGAGUCGGGGAUAAUGCACAAUGAGUCAUAUGAAAGGGGCCACCAGCAACCGCGGAAAGAGCGGGAAUUUGACUAUGCACUUGCAGGUGCCGUCAUGGUUCCUGCAAUAUUCGUGCAAGUCUCCAAUGACCUUGCUGCAAACGGAUCUCUUUUAGAAGGCGUCAAAACAGCGACGGCUCUGGCGAAAAUCUUGCAGGGCGUCCCAGAGGACAUAGAUAUUGGCGACGACAUUCUUGAUGGCGUAAGCGAGAUCGAUUUCGACAUUCUGGCCAGCGUCAUUCAAGUUGCCAUCAGCGUUACGAUUGGAUUAGGGCUAGGGGCGUUAAUUGUGUAUCCACUGGGUAAGAGUAAGAAGAAGAGUGGGUUGAGGAGUUGGUUACUGGUGAAGGACAGGUGCUUGAGCCUAACGUUAGAGGCGCUUGACCGCCACGGGGUAAUCUCGAGUCGGCCGACUUAUGCGUGCUGUAGUGCACCCCUAAUCGGCUGCUACGAAAAACGGAGAUCCUGA